CAGUCGUAUUUUGGUCUUCUUUCGAGCGCCUAUACAAUAUUUUAUAUCUAUUUUUUUUUUGUGUUUAAUUAAUUUAUCCUAUAUAUAAAUUUAUAAAUAAAUAAAUACAGAUAUAAAUAUUAUUUUGAUACACUGUGAUCAUUUUUUUUUUAUAUAUUAUUAUAUUAAAUAUAGUGGUGAAUAAAAUUAUUUCUGCAUCGAUAUAAUAUAUAUAUAUACUCACGAGAAAUAUGUCUUAUCAGUAUGGGGCACAGUAUGAGCCCGGCGCUAGUCAAUGCGCCGUACCAGCAGCACCCCAAGGAAUUCAUAAUAGACGACUACUACUGUUGGAGGAGUAUCCGCCAAGACGGAUUGAUAAAUACCGAGGCGGUCCAAAUAUACAAAGGAGAAUGACUCAGAGAGAAGAUGUGCUCAAAUUCGAGCAGGGAAGGAUCAAAGCCCUGCAAGAAGAACGUUUACAUAUACAAAAAAAAACAUUUACAAAAUGGAUAAAUUCAUUUUUAUUAAAGGCACGGAUGGAAGUAGAAGAUUUGUUUACCGAUCUUGCAGACGGAAAAAAACUUUUGAAACUUUUGGAAAUAAUAUCCGGAGAAAGGUUGGCUAAGCCAAAUAAUGGCCGCAUGCGAGUCCAUAAAAUCGAAAAUGUUAACAAGUCAUUGGCUUUUCUUCACACUAAGGUACGAUUGGAAAGUAUUGGAGCAGAAGAUAUUGUUGAUGGAAAUCCUCGAUUAAUAUUAGGAUUGAUAUGGACAAUUAUUCUUAGGUUUCAAAUUCAAGAAAUAGAAAUAGAUGUUGAUGAAGAAAAUGAAAGUAGUGAAAAAAAAUCAGCCAAAGAUGCUCUAUUACUUUGGUGUCAAAGAAAAACUAAUGGCUAUCCACAUGUUAAUAUACAAGAUUUUACAGGAUCUUGGAGAAGUGGUUUGGGUUUUAAUGCUCUUAUUCAUGCUCAUAGACCAGAUUUGGUUAAUUGGUCAGAAUUACAACAAACACGACACAUUGAUAAUCUUAAUUAUGCAUUUGAUGUUGCAAAUAGUGAAUUGGGUAUUCCAAGACUUCUUGAUGCUGAAGAUGUCGAUACUGCAAGACCAGAUGAAAAAUCAAUAAUGACUUAUGUUGCAUCUUAUUAUCAUACAUUUGCUCGUAUGAAAAAUGAAAUAAAAAGUGGUAAAAGAAUAGCAAAUAUUGUUGGUCAAAUGAUGGAUGCUGAUAAAAUGAAAAUUCAUUAUGAAAAAUUAACAACAAAUUUAUUAGAAUGGAUAAAAUUAAAAAUAACAGUACUUGAAAAUAGAAAUUUUCCAAAUUCAUUAGAGGGUAUCCAACGUCAAUUAUUGUCAUUUAAACAAUAUCGUACUAUUGAAAAACCACCAAAGUAUAAAGAACGUUCUGAAAUAGAAGCAUUAUAUUUUCAUAUAAAUACUCAACUUAAAUCAUUAAAUCAACCGGCAUUUAUACCACAAGAGGGACAAUUAAUUCAAGAUAUUGAAAGAAAUUGGGUUGAAUUAGAACGUGCUGAGCAUCGACGUGAAGUUGCAUUACGUACUGAAUUAUUAAGACAAGAAAGAUUAGAACAACUUAAUUAUAAAUUUGAAAAAAAAAGUGUAUUAAGAGAGGGUUAUCUUAAAGAAAUGAUACAAGUAUUAUCAGAUCCACGUUAUGGUAGUAAUUUAUCACAAAUAGAUGCAACUGUUAAAAAACAUGAAGCAAUAAGUGCUGAUAUACUUGCUCGUGAAGAACGUUUUCAUGAUUUAACAAAUAUGUCUCAAGAGCUUGUUAGAGAAAAUUAUCAUAGUUUAGAACGUGUUAAAAUACGUGAACAAGAAGUACUUGAAAGAUGGAAACAAUUAUUAAAAUUAUUAGAUCAUCAUAAAUAUAAUUUAACAUCAUUAUCAUCAUUAAUGAGUUUAAUGAGAGAAAUAGAUACAACACUUGUUAGUAUUAAUGAAUUAAAAUUAAAUUUUCAAAGUACAGAUGUUGGUCCACAUUUAUUGGGUGUUGAAGAUUUAUUACAAAAGCAUAGUUUACAAGAACUUCAAGUAACAGCUAUUGGUGAAACACAAAGACGUAUUGGUAGACAAGCUGGACAAUAUCUUUCUAAUAAUAUUGUUAUAUCAUCAUCAUCACCACCAUCAUCAUCAUCAUCAUCAUCACAGCCAUUAAAUAAAGAACAAUUACAAUUAUUAGAAAAAAAACUAAUAAUAUUAAAUAAAACUUACAAUGAUUUAAUUGAAAAUAGUAAAGAACGUAAAAUGAGAUUAGAAGAUGCAAGAAAUUUUUAUCAUUUUUUACAAGAUCAUGAAGAUGAAGAAUCAUGGCUUAUUGAAAAACAACGUAUAUGUAAAACAGGUAUAUCAGCUAAAGAUUUACGUGCUGUUAUAUCAUUACAACAAAAACAUAAAUCAUUAAUUGAUGAAAUAAAAGUUAGAAAACCUAAAUCUGAUCAAUUAUGUAAUGCUGGUAUUAAAUUAAUAAAUGAUAAUCAUUCAUCAUCUAUUGAAAUAAAUAAUCGUAUUGAAUCAUUAAAAGAACAUUGGAAAGUACUUGAUGAAUUACAAGGAUUAAGAAAAAAAAAACUUGAUGAUGCUGCUGAAGCAUUUCAAUAUUAUACAGAUGCUAAUGAAGCUGAUUCAUGGAUUAAUGAAAAAAUGUCACUUGUUACAUCAAAUGAUUAUGGUGUUGAUGAACCAAGUGCACAAGCAUUAUUACAAAGACAUAAAGAUCUUGAAGGUGAAUUAAAUGCAUAUAAAGGUGAUGUACAAUCAUUAAAUAUUCAAGCUGAUAAACUUAUUAAAUCAGGUAUAUCAACAUUACAAUUAUCAAAUGAUUCAGAGCCAGUUGCUGAAUUAGAACAAGAUGAAUGGUCACAAGAAACACGAUUAGUACCACAAGAUGAAUGGGUUGAUGAAAUAAUUGAACGUAUUGAAACACGUACUGUACUUGAAGAUAGAUUAGUACCACAAGUUAAAAGUUUAUAUCCAUUUAAUGGACAAGGUAUGAAUAUGAUUAAAAAUGAAAUAAUGUUUUUAUUAAAUAAAACAAAUCCUGAUUGGUGGAAUAUUAGAAAAUCAGAUGGUACUGAUGGUUUUGUACCAGCAAAUUAUGUACGUGAAAUAGAACCUAAAGUAAUUCAAGUACAAGUUAAAAAACCUGAAAAAAUUCGUAUAACACAACGUGUUAAAAAAACUAAAAUGGUUAAUAAAAUAAUACCUGUUAGAAGAAUAAAAUCAAUAAAAUCAACAGUUAAACCAUUAAUAAAUCGUAAAAUAAUAAUAAAUAAUGAUGAUAAUGAUGAUGAUAAUAAUGUUGAAAAAAGGCAAAAAAUAAUAAAUGAUAGAUAUAAUGAAUUAAUAAUAUUAUCAAUAAAACGUCAUGCAUUAUUAGAUGAUUCUAUAAGACUUUAUGGUUUUUAUCGUGAAUGUGAUGAUUUUGAAAAAUGGAUAAAAGAUAAAGAAAAAAUGCUUAGAUCUGAUGAUUCACGUGAUAAUGUUGAAACAGCUAAAAGAAAAUAUGAAAAAUUUUUAACAGAUCUUUCGGCUUCUGGUAAAAGAAUAGAAGCUAUUGAUUUAUCUGUUAAUGAAUUUAUAAAUCAAGGUCAUAGUAAAUUAGAUAAAGUUAAAUCACGUCAAAAUCAUAUACAUAAACUUUGGGAUCAUUUAAAUUGGUUAAAAUCACAAAAAGAAAAAAGUUUAGAAGGUGCAUCAAGUGUUGAAUUAUUUAAUCGUACUUGUGAUGAAGCUAAUGAUUGGAUGAAUGAAAAAAUAAAUCAAUUAGAUACUGAUGAAUUAGGACCAGAUUUAAAAACAGUACAAGCAUUACAACGUAGACAUCAAAAUUUAGAACGUGAAUUAGCACCUGUUGAAGAAAAAGUACGUAAAGUUAAUUUAUUAGCAAAUAGUGUUAAAAGUUCAUAUCCAAAUGAACAUAAAAAUGUUGAUAAAAGAUUAAAUGAAAUAAAAUUAUUAUGGAAUAAAGUACAAUCUAAAGCUAAAGAACGUCGUUCACGUUUAGAAGAUGCUGUUGGUCAACAAAUAUUUAUAAAUAGUUCAAAAAAUUUAAUUAAUUGGGGUUAUGAUAUACAAAAUAUUAUAAAAGUUGAAGAAUCUGUUCGUGAUGUUGAAACAGCUGAAAAAUUUAUUAAAAAAUAUAAUGAAAUAGGUGAUGAAAUUAAAAAUCGUAAAGAUGAAUUUAAUGAAGUACAAGAUCUUGGUAAACAAUUAUUACAACGUAAUAAUAAUUUGAAUGAUGUUAAAGAAUAUUUAGAUAAACUUGAUGGAUUAUAUAAUAAUUUAAUAACUAAUUGGAAUAAUAAAGAAAAUUGGUUAAAUCAAUGCCUUGAUUUACAACAAUUUAAUCGUGAAGCUGAUCAAAUUGAAGCAACAACAAGUUCACAUCAAGCAUUUCUUGAAUUUACAAAUCUUGGUGAAUCACUUGAUGAUGUUGAAGCAUUACUUAAACAACAUGAAAAAUUUCAAAAUACAUUAAUGGCUCAAGAUGAACGUCUUAAAAUAUUUAGUGAUACUGCUGAUCGUUUAAUAUUUAAAAAUCAUUAUGAUAAAGAUUAUAUUAAUGAUAAACGUAAUCAAGUUAUUUUACGUCGUUUAGCUGUUAAAGAUGCUGCUCAAUUAAGACAAUCAGCAUUAAAAGCAUCCGAAUAUUAUCAACAAUUUUCAGCAGAAGUUGAUGAUUUACGUGAUUGGCUUGGUGAUAAAAUGAAAAUAGCUUCUGAUGAAAAUUAUCGUGAUUUAAAUAAUUUAGAACGUAAAUUACAAAAACAUGAAGCAUUUGAACGUGAAUUACGUGCUAAUGAAGGACAAUUACGUAAUGUUAAUAAAGCUGGUAAAGUUUUAAUAUCUCAACAAAAUUAUCGUUCAAAUGAUGUAUCACAAAUAUUAAAAGAUCUUAAUAAUCAAUGGAAUCAUUUAGUUGAUUUAUCAUUAGAAAAAGGACAUAGAUUACGUCAAGCUGCAUCACAACAUGGUUAUAAUAGAACAAUGGAAGAUGCUAGAUUAAAACUCGAAGAAAUUCAAACAUCAUUACAAAGUAAACAAGUUGGUAUUGAUUUAAGAAGCUGUAAAGAAUUAUUAAAAAAACAUCAAACAUUGGAAAGUGAUAUGUAUCAAUGGGAACAAAAAGUUGAUGAUUUAGUUGCAAUGGGUCAAGAAAUGGCACAUGAGGGUCAUUUUGAUGCUAAAAAUAUUUUAAAAACUAGUCAAGCAACACAAAAAAAAUUUCGUGAUUUAAAAAUACCAGCAAAAAAAAGACGUGAAGCACUUGAAGAAAGUUUACGUUUUCAUAAAUUUCGUUUUGAACUUGAUGCUGAAUUACACUGGAUAAAAGAUCAUUUACCACAGGCAUCAUCAACAAUGCUUGGACAAAAUCUUCAUCAAGCUCAAACGCUUCAUAAAAAACACAAAAAAUUAGAGGCUGAAAUAAUUGGACAUGAACCAAUGAUUGAUAAAGCAUUAGCAACUGGUCAAGGACUUAUUGAUCAAUCUCAUCCAGAAAGAAAAAAAAUUCAAGAACUGUGUGAAGAAUUAGAUGAUGCUUGGAAAAAUUUACAAGAUAAAGCUGGUGAACGAAGUCGUGCAUUAGAUUUAUCAUUGAGAGCUCAAGAAUUUUUCUUUGAAGCUGGUGAAGUUGAAAGUUGGUUAUGUGAAAAAAAUGAUGUUUUAAGUUCAACUGAUUAUGGUAGAGAUCGUGAUGCUGCUACUAAAUUACUUACUAAACACAAAACUGUAGAACUUGAAUUAGAUUCUUACAACGGAAUAGUUACGGAAAUGGGUCACACAGCAGCAGCAAUGGUAAAUGCAAAACAUCCUGACAGUAAAGCUAUUGCUGGUAAACAACAAGCAAUCGCACAGCAAAUGCGUGCACUUCAAAGAUUAGCAAUAACUAGACAACAAAGAUUAAUGGAAAGUAUGUAUCGUCAUGAAUAUUUUCUUGAAAGUCGUGAAUUGGAACAAUGGAUUAAAGAACAAGAACAAGCUGCUGGUUCUGAAGAUUAUGGUCAUGAUUAUGAGCAUUUAUUAAUUUUACAAGCUAAAUUUAAUGAUUUUAAACAUCGUAUUGAAGCUGGAUCAGAAAGAUUUAAUCAGUGUGAAGAACUUGCUAAAAAAUUAAUAAAUAAUGAAAGUCCUUAUAUUCAAGAUAUAGAAAAACGUCAAGAGCAACUUGGAGGUGAUGAGGAUGAUCCUGUAAUACAAGUACGCAAGAAACAUAAACAUAUGUGGGAAUCAUGGCAACAUCUAUUAGGAUUGAUACGUCAUCGUGAACAACGUUUACAAGCUGCUGGUGAAAUUCAUCGUUUUCAUCGUGAUGUUGCUGAAGCAUUAUCACGAAUUCAAGAAAAAGAAGCAGCACUUCCUGAAGAUUUAGGACGUGAUUUAAAUUCUGUAUUAGCACUUAUUAGACGUCAUGAAGGAUUUGAAAAUGAUUUAGUAGCAUUAGAAGCACAACUUCAAGUAUUAGUUGAAGAUGCGUCAAGAUUAAAAAUUUUAUAUCCAGGUAAUAAUGCAUCUCAUAUUGAUCAACAACAACAAAUAGUAUUAGCUAAUUGGGAAGAAUUGAAGGAAAAAUCAGCAAAUCGUCGUGAUGAAUUACAAGCAAGUUGUGAUUUACAACGUUUUUUAACUCAAUUACGUGAUUUAAUGAAUUGGGCUGCUGGAUUACGUGCUGGUUUAUCAACAGAAGAUAAAGUACGUGAUGCUGCAAGUGCUCAAAUACUUAAAGCUGAACAUGAAGCAUUAAAGGGUGAAAUAGAAGCAAGAGAAGAUAGUUUUAGUUCUGUUGUUGAUUUUGGUCAAGUAAUGAUACAAAAUGGGCAUUAUGCUAUUAAUGAAGUUGAAGAAAAAUGUAAUCAAUUGUUAGAAGAAAGACAAAAACUUCAUACUGCUUGGCAACAAAAAAAAAUUCAUUUAGAUCAACUUAUUGAUUUACAUUUUUUCUUACGUGAUGCUAAACAACUUGAUAAUUUAUCAACAACUCAAGAAGCAGCAUUAAGUGGUGAUAAUUUUGGUGUAUCUGUUGAAGAAAUUUAUGGACAAUUAAAAAAACAUAAUGAAUUUGAAAAAUUACUUGUUACACAAGAAGAAAAAUUAAUAGCACUUAAAGAACAUGGUGAUAAAUUAUUAUCACAAAAUCAUUUUGAUUCAUUAAAUAUAUCUAAACGAUUAGAACAAAUAAAAAGUAAACGUGAAAAAAUAAAUAUUUUAUGUAAUGAACGUCGUAAUAAAUUAGAAGCAAGUUUACUUUAUGUACAAUUUAUUCGUGAUGUUUGUGAAGCUGAAUCAUGGAUUGAUGAAAAAGAAAAAAAAAUUGAAUCAGAAUCAUUUAAAGGUCAAAUAUUAAGUUUAGAAGAUAAAAUUAAAAAAUUACAAAAACAUCAAGCUUUUCAAGCUGAAUUAGCUGCUAAUAAAAGUAGAAUUGAAGAAAUAAAUACAAAAGGUGAAAUUUUAAUAUCAAAAAAACAUUCAUCUUGUACUGAAAUACGUAAUCAAUUAGAUAAAUUAAAAGAUAGAUGGAAUAAAUUAUUAGUAAUAUCUAGUAAUCGUGGUAGAGGUUUAGAAGAAGCACAAGAUAUACUUGAAUUUAAUAAUCAAGUUGAAAAAAUAGAAUCAUGGAUACGUGAUAAAGAAAUGAUGGUACAAGCUGGUGAUACUGGUAAAGAUUAUGAGCAUUGUUUAAGUCUUCAACGUAAACUAGAUGAUGUUGACAGUGAUAUGAGAGUUGAUGAUACAAGAAUAAAAUCAAUAAAUUCAUUAGCCGAUAAACUUAUAAAACAACAACAACAAUCAAAUAACAAUAAUAAUAAUAAUAAUAAUAAUAAUAAUAAUAAUAAUAAUAAUAAUAACAACAACGAUGAUCAAUCGAAUAAUAAAUUAAUUCAACAACGACGUGAUAAUGUUAAUUUGAAAUGGAAAAAUCUACAAGGUGCAUUAACAAAUUAUAGAUCAUUAUUAGCUGGUGCAUUAGAAAUUCAUUUAUUUAAUCGUGAUAUUGAUGAUACAAGUCAACGUGUUAUUGAAAAAUCAUUAGCUAUGAAUACAACAGAUAUUGGUAAAGAUUUAGCUGCUGUUGAACAUUUACAACGUAAACAAGAUACAAUGGAACGUGAUAUGACUGCUAUUGAAGGUAAAUUAAAUGAACAUAAAUUAGAAGCUAAUAAAUUAUCAUCUAAAUAUAUAAAUAAUGCACCACAAAUAAAUGCAAUGUUAAAUAAUCUUGAAUCAAAUUGGGAUCAAUUACAGCAUUUAACAAAACAAAGACGUAAUAAUUUAAAUAAAGCUUAUACAUUACAUAAAUUUAAAUUUGAUUUAAAUGAAGUUGAAAUAUGGGUUAAUGAUACUAUUAAACGUAUGAAUGAAUCUGGUAUACCAACAACAAUAUCUGAAGCUCAAUCAUUAUUAGAACUUCAUAAAGAAAUAAAAGCUGAAAUAGAUGGACGUAAAGAUAUGAUUAAUUCACUUAAUGAACAUGCACUUAAAUUAAUUAAAAUUUAUCCUGAUAUUAAAAAUAAUAUUUAUCAUUUAGAAAAUAUAAAUAAAAAUUUAGUUAAUGCUUGGAAUGAAAGACAUGAUAAAUUAAUAAAAUCAUAUCAUUUACAACAAUUUAAAGAACAAGCUGAUCAAGCAGAUAGUUGGUUAUCAACAAAAGAAGCAUUUUUAAAUAAUGAUGAUCUUGGUGAAUCAUUAUCUGGUGUUGAAACAUUAAUACGUAAACACAAUGAAUUUGAUAAAAUGUUAACAUCACAAUUAGGACGUAUUAAUGAAUUGGAAUUAUUUUCAAAUGAAAUACUUGAAAAUUAUAAUAUAAAUAAUAAUAUUGAUUCAACUGAUUGUAAUAUUAUUAAAUCAAGAUUAUUAUCUGUAUGUACAAGACGUGAUAAAUUAAUAAAUAAUGUUACAAUAAGAAUAAAUAAAUUAUUAGAAAGUCGUCAAUUACAUAAAUUUUUAAUAAAUAUAUAUGAAGUUGAAGGUUGGUUACAUCAAAAGCAACAAGUUGCUGGUGAUGAAAAUUAUCGUGAUUCAACAAAUUUACAAAGUAAAAUACAAAAACAUUUAGCAUUUGAAAGUGAAUUAGUUGCUAAUCGUGGACGUAUUAAUGAUAUUAUUAAUGAAGGUGAAAAUUUAAUAAAUAAUAAUCAUUAUGCAACAAAAGAAAUAAAAGAUCGUUUAGAAGAUUUAGAAUCACAAUGGAGAAUAUUACAAGAAACAAGUGAAUUAAAAAAAAAUCGUUUAAAUGAUGCAUAUCAGGCAUUAUUAUUUAAUCGUACAUUAGAUGAAUUUGAAGCAUGGAUGGAUGAUAUUGAAACACAAUUACAAUCAGAGGAUCAUGGUAAAGAUUUAUCAAGUAUUGCUAAUUUAUUAAAACGUCAUAAUAAUUUAGAAAAUGAUGUACUUGGCCAUAAUGAAGCAUGUGAAUCUAUUAAAGAUACUGCAUAUAAUUUUAAUAAAACAAAACAUUUUAUGUCUGAUGAAAUAAAUGAAAGAGCUAAAAAUUGUAUUAAUAGAUACAAUAGUUUACAAGAGCCUAUUCAAAUACGUCGUGAUAAUUUAGAAGAUGCUAAAUUAUUACAUCAAUUUUUACGUGAUAUUGAAGAUGAAUUAAAUUGGUUAAUUGAAAAAGAACAAUUAGCUUGUAAUAAUGAUUUAGGUAAUUCAUUAAUAAAUGUACAAAGAUUACAAAAAAAACAUCAAGCACUUGAAGCUGAAAUAAUAUCACGUGAGCCAGUUGUUUCAUCAUUAUCAGUACGUGCUGCUAAUAUGAUAAGAAAUGGUCAUUUUGCAUCUGAUAAAAUAGAAUCAUCAAUUCAAGAAUUACAAAAAAAAUUAAUAAAUAUAAAAGAUAUUUCAAGUAUUAGAAAAUUACGUCUUCUUGAUGCUGUUGAAUCACAAAUGUUUUAUACUGAAGCUGGUGAAGCUGAACAAUGGAUUAAAGAAAAAUAUCAUAAAAUAACAUCAAAUGAUUAUGGUAAAGAUGAAGAUUCUGUUGAAUUUUUAUUAAAAAAAUUACAAGAUAUUGAACGUGAUUUAUUAUCAUUUGAAUCAAUAAUUGAUAAUUUAAAUAAAUUAUCACAAGGAUUAAUAAAUCGUAAUCAUUUUGAUAGUAAAAAUAUACAACAAAAACAAUUAUAUAUUAUUGAUAAAUUUACAGAAUUAAAAAAAUUACGUGAUAUUAGAUUAAAAAGAUUAAAUGAAAGUAAAAAAUUAUAUCAAUUUAUACGUCAAGCUGAUGAAGUUAUUGAAUGGAUAUGUGAUCAAACAACAAUUGCUGCAUCUGAAGAUUAUGGACGUGAUGUUGAACAUGUUGAAUUAUUAAUUCAAAUAUUUGAUAAUUUUUUAUCUGGUUUAACAGCAAGUGAAAGUCGUGUAUUUAUGAUUAUUGAUGCUGGUGAAAAAUUAAUAAAAGAUAAUAAUAAUACUGAUGAUACUGAUAAAAUAAAUAAUAAAAUAUAUGAAACAAAACAACAAUGGGAUGAUUUAAAAGAAUUAGCACAUGCAAGACAAGAAGCAUUAGCUGGUGCUAAACAAGUACAUAUGUUUGAUAGAACAGCUGAUGAAACAAUAUCAUGGAUACAAGAAAAAGAUGCUAGUUUAAGUGCUGAUGGUUAUGGACAUGAUCUUGAAACAAUUCAAGCUCUUGUACGUAAACAUAAAGCUUUUGAAACAGAUUUAGCUGCUGUUAAAGAACAAGUUGAAUCUGUUAUUGCUGAAGCAUCAAGACUUGCUGAAUUAUUUCCAGAUGCACGUGAGCAUAUUGCUGUUAAACAUGAAGAAGUUGAUGAAAAUUGGAAUGAAUUAUUAAAUAAAGCUGAACAACGACAAUAUAAAUUAACUCAAGCUGAACAAUUAGAGGCAUAUUUUGAUGAAUAUAGAGAUUUAACAUUUUGGAUAAAUGAAAUGAUUGCUAAAGUAACAGCACCAGAAUUAGCACGUGAUGUACCUGGUGCUGAAAUAUUAAUAUCACGACAUAAUGAAUAUAAAGUUGAAAUAGAUUCAAGACAAGAUGAAUUUUAUAAUUUUAAUAAAACUGGUAAUACUUUAAUACAACAGGGUCACUUUUUAUCUAAAGAAAUAAAAGAUAAAAUAACAAUUCUUGAUAAUAAAAAAAAAAUAUUAAUAGAUACAUGGGAUAAACGUAAAUUAAUAUAUGAACAAAAUUAUGAUACUCAAAUAUUUAAACGUGAAGCUGAAACACUUGAAAAUUGGUUAAUAACACGUGAGCCAAUGCUUAAUGAUAAUAAUUUUGGUGAUACAAUACCACAGGUUGAAGAUUUAAUAAGAAAACAUGAAGAUUUUGAAAAAACAAUAGAAGCACAAGAAGAUAAAUUUAAAGCUCUUAAACGUAUAACAAUGUUAGAACGUUUAUUUCAAAAACAACAACAAGAUGAAUUACAAGCACGUCAAGCUGAAAAAGAACGUAUUGAACGUCUACGUAUUGAAGAACGUAAAAAAAAAGAAGUACAACGUAUUACUGAAGAACGUAAACGUGAAGAAGAACGUCGUAAAUUAGAUAAUAAUAAUUCAUCUCAUGAUAUCAUAAAUAUUAAUAAUAUUAAUGGUAAUACUGAUCAUCAUCAUUCACAUCAUCAACAUCAUCAUAGUGAAUCUAUUAAUCGUUUGGCACCAUUAAAAACUACUCAAGAAUCAACAUCAGCAGGAGCAACAGCAACAGCAUCAUCAUCAUCAUCAUCAUCAUCAUCAGGAAAUUCAUCAAAAUCACAUGGUAUUUCUCAUGUAUUUGGUGAUCGUUUAAAACGUACAACAGUAGAUAUAAAACGUGCUGAAAGUAUGAAAAUUGAUAGUAAAAAACCUAAACGAACACCAAGUUUUACAACAAGACGACGUACUCAAAGUUUCCGUAAGCAUCAACGUAUGGAAAAUAUGGAUCCUUUAAGUCCUGUUGAAAUUCAAGGUAUACUUGAACGUAAACAUGAAUUACAAAGUGGUGGUAAAAAAGCUGCUGUACGUUCAUGGAAACAAUAUUUUACAGUACUUUGUGGACAAUUAUUGUGUUUCUUUAAAGAUUAUAAUGAUUUUUCAUUAAGUAAAGCUGCUACUGCACCAAUAACAAUUUACAAUGCUAUUUGUGAAAAGGCUGAUGAUUACACAAAACGUAAAAAUGUAUUCAGACUUAAAUGUACAGAUGGUUCGGAAUUUUUAUUUCUUGCUGCUAAUCAACAAGAAAUGGAAGAUUGGGUUAAUAAAAUAUCAUUUCACGCUAAAUUACCACCUAGUAUGCAAUUAUUGAAAUAUGAUGAAUCACAAAAAGCUGAUGAUUUAGAUUUAAAUAGAUUAAAAACUAUAACACCAGAUAUUACUGGUGAUGAUGAUGCAUCAACUGGAAGUAGUCAUGUAUCAACUCCUGAAUUUGAACGUAAAAAUUCAGUAAUACGUCGAGAUAUAUCUCAAGAUACUCAAAAUACUCAAAAUACAACUAAUUUAUCGAGCAAUGUUCAAGUUGAAUUUUUACAAAAACAUCGACAAGCUCAACAAAGUCGGGUUAAUACACGAAAUAGUACAGAAUUAAUAGCUGCUGAAUCACAAACACAAACUGAAUUUUUACAAAAACAUAAACAACAACAGCAAAAUUUAUUAGCACAACAGCAACAACAAUUAAUUCAUCAUGAACAAUUGUCAAGUCAAAGAGAUCAAUAUCAAGCUACACUAAAUGAUCGUCCACCUGUUCCACCUAGAGGUGCACCACCACCAAUUCCCGUUAGAUCACCUAGUUCUGAAAAUGUCACACCAUUGAGACGUAAUGAUGUUGAACAGUAUGUACCAUCAACAAGACCACAAUCUUAUCAACAAAGAACCUCAUCUCUGAACCAAAAUGGAUCAGAACAAUAUCCUAAUGAUAACACAACAUGGCACAGACCAGGGAGCAUGGAUUUUACUUCAUCACCACAGGAAGUAGCACCUCCUUUACCAUCAACUGCACCACCAACCAACAUAGAUAAACAGAGUAUUCAAGAUCCUGCUUAUGGAAAUACAACAGUCAAUAUGAGACAGGGUGGACAACAGAUGACAAAUUCGUUUACUGGUAGACCAACAUCAUUACCACCUUAUGUUGCACCACCCCCAGCUGUCGUAUCACCUAGCACACCAACACUGUCAGUAGUUGAUGGCAGACGAGCAUCUGAAAGUGGUUCAGAAAGUGAACAAAGCUCUGGAGGUUCUCGUAAAGAACGAGAUUACAAACGUAGCUCUGUAUUGAGUAACUUUUUCGGUAGAAGAAAAAAGCCAUCACAAUCAUAGAAUCAUCUAGAAAAACAAUAUUUUUUAUAAAAAAAAAAAAAAAAAAAGAAUAGAAAAAAAAGACACAUAGUUUAUAUAGUAGGUGAGCAUAUUUAUUUAGAGUACAUAUUUUAAAUAUUUUUAUUAAUUUAUUAUCGCUAAAGUAGAUUCGAUAAAAAAAUAAAAAAUCACAUAUUUUUAUGAUUACAGAGUGUGAUGAUAAAUCAAGAUUCAAUUUUUAUUAUAUUUCAUUUUUUGUAGUAUAUAGAUAAAAAUUUUCAUAAACUUUACGUAAUUUUAAAAGUAAUCAUUGAAUUUAUAAAUACACAAUCGAAUUUUCUUUUUAUUAUUUUGUUUACUAUUUUUAAUUUAAAUAAAUAAAUAAAUCAUUAUAUCAUCAACAUUGUAAUUAUAUAAUAAUAAUCAAUGAUUGAAUAUUUUAUAUUAUUAAUUAUACUUAUAAAAUCAAAUUCCCAAGAAGAUGAAUUCAAUGGAAAUAUUACUAUUAUAACUUUAGCUUGAAAUGUACCUGACUCUCUUUCAAUCGGUGUCAGUUGAAUUAAGCAAAGAAGAAAAAUUAUUAUUUUUUUUUUUUUUUUUUUUACUAUUCUGUAGAUGUCAUUAUAUAAAUAUAAUUAUUAAUUAUAUAUCUAUACAUAUGUUAAAAGUAUUCACAGAAUAUUUGUAUAUCUAUAUUUAAAAAAAAAAAAAUUAAUUGAUAAAUAUAUUGUUAAGAACAGCUAUAUAUUCUGAACCAAUGAGCAACUUGUAUCUUAUCAAAACAUUUUUAUAAU